CGAGUGGAACGCUAAUCUGUAAGAUGACAUUAUAAAAUUAGUAUAAUUUUAGCAAAGAGACGCCUACCAGAUUAGACUAAGACCAAACAAUUUUAUAUCAAAUAUAAGAAAGAGGCUCGCAAUUCUCAAUCAUCUCUCAGCCAUCCCUCUUUUUAUAUCUCAGUCAAGAGUUUCGUAUUUAACUCUAGAUCCAAUUAUUCGCAAAUCUUUGCUUAUUUUUGUUUGAUUGUUCCCUGAGCUGUGAAGAAGAUGGAAGCAGCAGCGUCAGGAUCUGUUCUUCGAUCCGCGAUUGGGAUUUGCAGACCUACAAGUUCUGUUGGGAGACCACUGUUCUUGGCCGCCAGUCCUCCCGAUUCUCUGCGAUUUUCUAUUUCAUAUCACUUCCCAGUUAAGCAGCAUUCGUAUUCAGUUUCAUAUGGAAAGUCAGGGAGAAACAAGAGAGUGGGUUUUGGAAGUAGGAGAUGUACGGUAGUGAAGGCAUCAUCCUCAUCUUCAUCCUCACCAUCUUCGGAUUCUGGUGGGUCUCUAGCUCCAAUAGCCCCACUUCAGAUGGAGUCUCCAAUAGGACAGUUCUUGUCUCAAAUCUUGAUGAGUCACCCACAUCUUGUACCAGCAGCAGUUGAGCAACAGCUUGAACAACUUCAAACUGACCGUGAUGCAGAUAAAGAGAAGGAAGAACCUUCUGUUACUGGCACUGACUUGGUAUUAUAUAGGAGAAUUGCGGAGGUGAAGGCUAAUGAAAGGAAAAAGGCUUUAGAAGAGAUUUUAUAUGCCUUGGUUGUGCAGAAAUUUAUGGAUGCCAAUGUUUCUUUGACACCCACAAUAGCCCCCUCUUCUGCCGACGAAUCUGACCGGGUGGAUACAUGGCCUGGCCAAGAUGAGAAACUUAAGCAACUUCACUCUCCUGAAGCAUAUGAGAUGAUUCAGAAUCACCUUGCUCUCAUUUUGGGAAACAAGAUCGGAGAUUCUACUACAGUAGCACAAAUAAGCAAACUAAGAGUUGGACAGGUCUAUGCAGCAUCUGUGAUGUAUGGGUACUUCCUCAAGCGUGUUGAUCAGAGGUUUCAGCUUGAGAAGUCAAUGAAAAUCCUUCCAAAUGUAAUGGAUGAGGAAGAUGAUAAUUUGCAACAAGCUGCAAUGCAGGAUAUGAAAUCUAGUGGUGGAGAGGAUGCCUUUGAAGCUAUGUCGUCCCAUCCAGAAGGCUUGUCAGCUGGUGGUAUUAGUCCUGGGGGUUUUGGCCAUGGCGUAAGGGCCUCUCGACUUCGAAGUUAUGUUAUGUCCUUUGAUGGAGAGACACUCCAAAGAUAUGCAACAAUAAGAUCCAAAGAGGCAGUUAGCAUUAUUGAGAAGCAUACAGAGGCCUUGUUUGGAAGACCUGAAAUCGUAAUAACACCUCAAGGGACUGUUGAUUCUUCCAAGGAUGAACUGAUGAAGAUCAGCUUUGGUGGACUGAAGAGACUUGUUUUGGAGGCUGUGACUUUUGGUUCUUUCCUAUGGGAUGUUGAGAGCUAUGUGGACUCAAGGUACCAUUUUGUGAUGAACUGAGCAAUGCAAAUUUGUUCCAGACGUGCAACUAACCAAAUUCAAAUGGAGUAAAUUAGAGUAAAAUUAGGCUUUCACAUCUUAUAGGAAUUGCAGUGAUACCUCUGUAUAUAGUUUAUGUGAUGUAUUUUCUGGUUUAUGCACUGUGACUUGGGGCGGGCUAUGUGAAAUUCGUUUCUCUAUUAUAUCUAUGUCUACUGAUCAGAAAUCAGAAAUUGGGAGGAAGAAAACGCGCUCAUCCUUGUAUCACAGUUGUAGAAAAUCGUUAGCUGCAGAAGAUUUGGUCAUAAGUUCCAUUUGACAUAUAUUCAUUGAAUGUUUGAAAGAAUAUUGUAUUAUCUUUUCUUUCUUUUCUUAAUCAUUGUUACUGGUAUUUUUACUUUUUGAGAA